GGCAGUGCAAGCGAAGCCACCCUGAUUUCACUGCUUGCUGCAAGAACAAAAAUUAUCAGACAGGUGCAGUCAGAAAAACCCGAGCUAACAGAAGCAGACAUCAUGGGCAGGCUGGUGGCCUAUACUUCUGAUCAGGCUCAUUCAUCAGUGGAAAGGGCUGCAUUAAUUGGUGGUGUGAAGAUUAAACAUGUUUCUUCAGAUGAUACAUUUAGUGUUUGUGGUUCAGCCCUAAAGAAAGUUUUGGAUGAAGACAAAGCUUCGGGUCUUAUCCCAUUCUUUUUCUGUGCAACACUUGGAACCACACCUUGCUGCUCCUUUGACAAACUUUUAGAACUGGGUCCUAUCUGUAAUAAGGAAAAUAUCUGGAUGCAUAUUGAUGCAGCCUAUGCUGGGAGUGCAUUUGUCUGCCCUGAAUUCAGGCAUAUUUUAAAUGGCGUGGAGUUUGCAGAUUCAUUUAACUUUAAUCCUCACAAAUGGCUCCUGGUGAAUUUUGACUGCUCUGCUAUGUGGGUGAGAAAAAGAUCAGAUUUGACCGGCGCCUUUAAAUUAGAACCUCUUUACCUGCAGCAUCACCAUCAGGAGUCUGGCCUUGUGACAGAUUAUCGGCACUGGCAAAUCCCCCUGGGCAGAAGGUUCCGCGCCCUGAAGCUCUGGUUCGUGAUGAGGAUGUAUGGGGUCACGGGACUGCAGAAGCACAUCCGCAAGCACGUCAGGCUGUCACAUCAAUUUGAACAUUUAGUCCUUCAGGAUGAAAGAUUUGAGAUCUGUGCUGAGGUUGUCUUGGGACUGGUCUGUUUUCGGCUGAAGGGCUCAAAUGAACUAAAUAAGGCACUUCUUGAGAGCAUAAAUGAGGCCAAGAAGAUUCAUCUGGUCCCAUGCCACCUGCGAGAGAAGUUUGUGCUACGUUUUGUUGUUUGUUCCCGCAUAGUGGAAUCCACCCACAUCAAGUUUGCCUGGCAGCACAUCUCACAGCUGGCAACUGAUCUUCUGAAAACAUGGGAGCAAAACCACCACUAGCAAGUAACAGCAGUGAAGUAGCAGUGGGGAGGAGGUAAUUAACUGGCUUUCUUUGUCUUGCCAAGUUUUAUUUUAGGGGCAGGUGGGAAAGUCAAAUUAUGAAGGAAAAAAAUACAAACCCUGUUGUUAUAUAGCCUAGCUGCAGUAGCAAAAGCCUUGCCAGCAAAUUGUAACCUUAGUCAUUCCUUCUCUGUACUGUAGUUUCAUCUUGCCUGUUUCCAGGAUGCACAUAGCCAUGGGGACACGAGCUGUCAUUUCUUACCAGUUCGUAAUCAAGAGCAUUUAUUGAACCAGACAAUGAAAAUGGAAGGGUUAGCGCUCCCUCUGUUG